AUGGCAAAAAUUGAAAUACCAAAUGGAGAAUUAAAGACAAAACCAAAAGAAAAACAUACUUCUACGCUGAUUUUCCUCCACGGAACUUACGGAGCUGGUUCACUAGACCAAAUGGCAGAAAAAUUCCCUGGUCUGAAAGUUAUUCAUCCUUAUUCUCCAACUCUCCAAUAUAAUAUGUGGCAUGGUUCUAAACCAGCACCAGGCGGACAAUACCAAUCAAUUCAUUUAGAUUAUCCUCAAUUAAUGCGUUCAGUGGCUUAUGUUAACGAAAUUGUUGAGCAAGAAAUUACUAGAGGAAUUCCACCCGAAAAAAUUUUCAUUUCUGGCUAUUCGCAAGGUGGUUUGUUAACUUUGGCAGUGGCUUUAACUUCUGAGCAUAAAUUAGGUGGUUUUAUUUCUCUUUGUGGUCUUCUGCCUCGCCGAGAUAAGUUAUUAGCCGUCACCCAAGACAAAAAUAAAAAAACUCCAAUACUUAUUAUCAAUAAUUCCCAAGACCCUUGA